UUGGCUGCUCAGCCCUUCCUGUCCCACAGCACCCCGGUGGAUGUGAACAACAGAGAGAUGAUGCUGAAAAUCAUCAAGAGCGCCAUAAACACCAAAGCCAUCAACCGCUGGUCCGAGCUGGCCUGCAGCAUCGCUCUGGACGCCGUCAGGAUGGUGGAGCUGGAGGAAAAUGGCCGAAAGGAGAUCGAUAUCAAGAAAUACGCCAAAGUGGAGAAGAUCCCGGGUGGUUUCAGCGAGGAUUCGUGUGUGCUGCGCGGCAUCAUGGUGAACAAGGACGUGACGCACCCCAGGAUGCGGCGCCUCAUCAAGAACCCCCGCAUCGUGCUGCUGGAUUGUUCGCUGGAGUACAAGAAAGGAGAGAGCCAGGUGAGCGGGAUGGCGGGGCUGGGCCUCUGUUAAUUGCUGUUAAUUGCA